AGUGGGGACAGUUCAAGUGUUGAGGAGAUCAUCGAUUGGAAGAAUUCUGUGUGUCCGGCCUUCUGCCAUGCUCUACAAGGAUGUGUCCUACACGUGCUUCUCGACCAAGAAUAUCCAAUUAUUGACUAUUCGUCGGAUAUCUUGACUCCAAUGCAGAUGUGGUACAUUCAGUGCUGUCUACCAAAUGUUUUCUUUCCAACAGCAAAGGUAGUAGCACUGGUUCUUGCAUCACAAUGGACUCCGCUGUACUCCAGUGCCAUACAUGGGAUUAGUGUGAAUCGCUUUGAAAACAACGUUUUCGACUACAAGGGUCCUACGGUGUCCGUAUUUCAGCUUAACGAUAGCAGAGUUUUCGUGUUGGCCACAGAAGACACGUGGCGGCAUAGUGCUAGUCGAUACGGAGGACCCAAGACAAAACUCUUUGAGGUAUCACCUGAACUAAAGGUUUGGUCUCCUCCUUCACCAAUUUAUUGCAACUUCAAAAUACGAUCAGCUGCGUUUGGUAUGUCGUUUUCAAAUGUUAUGAAAAUCGAUAAGGAAAUGGGAAAUGUCAGUGCUAUUGAGGUUUGGGGUUGUGCAUCCUCCAAUGCUCUUGAGGAUCAAAAGCGCCUAAGAGUCUGGCAGAACCAGCAAAAAGAGAGAAAUUUGAAAGUACCAUUGCCGGGAAAUUGGGAUGACAAUCCAGAUAAAACGAUCUUGGAGAUGGCAGGAUUUCAGUUUUCUGAUGAGAGGAAGAGGAUGGAAAUGGAAAGGACUGCUAGGGAAUCGAAUUAA